AGAUGUGAAUAUAGUUUUAUGAAUGAAUGCUUCUCGAUUCUGACAUCUGACAGUGACGUAAAGAAUUUGACAUUUCUUUUUGUGUCGGUUUUCGUAGACGAAACCCAAGAUCACAAUGGCUAAACCGAAGGGAGAGAGGAAAGGUAAAUCCGCGAUCAACGAAGUUGUAACGCGAGAAUACACAGUGAAUCUUCAUAAAAGGCUCCAUGGAGUUGGUUUUAAGAAACGCGCUCCACGAGCAAUCAAAGAGAUCCGCAAGUUCGCCGAAAAACAAAUGGGAACCCCUGAUGUCCGAGUAGACACUCGGCUAAACAAGUACCUCUGGUCCAAGGGUGUAAGAAACGUCCCAUUCCGUGUCAGAGUCCGCCUUUCACGCAGACGCAAUGAUGACGAAGACUCAGCACACAAACUGUUCACAUUGGUGACGUACGUCCCAGUGGCCUCCAUCAAGGGUUUGCAGACAGAGAAUGUUGACGCUAGCCAAGAAUAAACAAUAAGUUUAGCAUAA